AUGGCGUCCCUCCGGCUCGUGGCAACGCUAGCGCCCUCCGGUCCCCCUCAGCCACCUCUACGUGAGCGGCGGAGACCGCCCUCCGCAGUCCGUCUGACGGGUGGGGUGGGCCUGGCGGCGGCGGCGGCGGUUGCCGUGGCCGGGGCCGCGGCCGCCUCGCCACCAGCGCUCGCCGCGCUGUCCGAGCCGGCGAAUGCGCUCUCGCUGCCCACCUGGGCCGUCCACGUCUCCAGCGUCGCCGAGUGGGUGACGGCGAUGUGGCUGGUUUGGGACUACGGGGAGAGGACGGGGCUCAAGGGCUGGAAGGGCCUCUCGUGGGGGAUGGUUCCACUUCUUGGUGGAGCAAUGUGUGCUUGCACGUGGCAUUUCUUCUACAAUUCAGAGUCUCUUGAAGUCCUUGUAGCCCUUCAAGGUGCCCUGACAGUGAUUGGCAACAUAACAAUGUGCAUAGCUGCAUACCGCAUCUUCAAAGCAUCCCAGGAAGGCUAA